AUGUCGUAUGAAUACAAGGGGCCUGUCGAUGUCGGCGCCGCUUUCGACGAGAGCCGGGUCAAAGGCAAGACAGCUAUCGUUACUGGAGGCGCCAACGGAAUAGGUGAAGCCUAUGUCCGACACCUCGUCAAGGCAGGAGCAUUCGUUACAGUUGCGGACAUGGACGAACCUCGUGGGAAAGCCCUUGAGGAGGAGCUCUCAAUCAAGUUCUUCAAAUGCAACGUUUAUCAUUGGUCGGACCAGCUGGCCGUGUUUCGAUCAACACUAUCGGCAUCUCCCACGGGUCGGAUUGAUAUAGUCAUCGCCAACGCAGGUAUCAGCGGCGGUGACUCUGUUCAUUUCAAUGACCUCAGCCUCGAUGAGCCGGAAGAGCCAAAGUUGAAUGUCCUCGCCGUGAACCUCGUUGGCGCACUGUAUACAAUCAAACUUGCCUUGUUUUACUUCCGCAAGCAGGGUUUGAAUGGUCAAGGGCAGGACCAGAAUCUGAUCCUCCAAGGAAGUGUCGCAGGCUACAUCGAUUUUCCUGGUGCACCACAGUACACUGCCUCAAAAUACGGCCUUCGAGGUAUCAUGAAGUCGUUGAGGUGGUCAGAGGUUCAAUUUGGCACUCGAACCAACUAUAUAGCGCCAUGGUUCGUGAAAACAUCCAUCCUGAGCCCAACUGCAAAGAAAUGGCUCGAGUCUUCUGGAACCGAGUUUGCAGAUGUUGAGGACGCGGCACGCUGUGUCAUGAGGAUCUUAUCGGACCAGAGUAUCAAUGGUCGCGCAUUCAGUAUCAUGCCACGAAGCAUGGCCCCCCACAGCUUCCUCGACAUAGAUAUAGACGACUACAAAGAGGGGACAUUGCUGAACGACAUGAACAAAAUCGCUGUUAAUACAAACCACCGCGCUAGUCUACAACACCAAUUUCCCGAGUUCCAGCAGCUAGUAUCGCAUAAGAUUUUCGAGGCAAGGGAUGACAUUGGCGGCACUUGGUUGGUGAACCGAUACCCUGGGGUACAAUGCGACGUGCCCGCUCAUGUAUAUGCUUUCCCUUUCGAUCCGAAACCUGACUGGAGUCAUUUCUAUGCUACGGGACAGGAUAUCUACGCCUAUAUGAAACAGACUGCUGAGAAAUGGAACCUACUUCGAGAUGUGCACCUCAAUCACAAGGUUACGGAAGCUAUCUGGCGCGAAGAUCUCGGACAAUGGAAGGUGACAGUUGAAAAUGGUGGACGCACGAUCACAGAAUAUGCCGACUUUCUAGUAUCAGGUCAAGGUGUAUUGAAUAAGUGGCGAUGGCCGGACAUCAAAGGCCUGGAUACCUUCAAAGGCCACAAAUGUCAUUCGGCUGCUUGGGACGAAAACUACGACUAUUCCAACAAGAGGAUCGCCGUCAUUGGAAAUGGAUCUUCGGGUGUCCAAAUUGUGCCUGCACUUGCUCGUCUACCUGGGACGACCGUUUUCAGCUUUCAGAGGAGUCCCAACUACGUUUAUACUCAUCUCUCACCGGCAAAUUUGCUCGGUCGUGAAGAUGACAGCCAAAACCCUCCCUUCACUGAAGAGGACAAGGCUCGAUUCUGCGAGGACAAGGAGUUCCACCGAAACUAUCGUCGGAAGAUCAUUCAUGGAAUCAACUCAUCUUUUAAAAUGUUCUCCAAGGGCUCGGCAGAAAACGCAGCGGUGACAGAAGCGGCCCGUAGGCAAAUGGCAGAAGCCCUCCACCACGACCCUGAAUUGUGCGCAAAGCUGAUCCCAGAAUGGGGUCUGGGUUGUCGCCGAAUCACUCCUGGAGAGGGCUAUCUGGAGUCAUUUACGAAGCCCAACGUCGAGCUGGUGACAAGCGCGGUGGUGGAGGCAACUGAAGACUCGGUCAUCACAGCAGACGGCCGAGAGUUCAAGGUCGACGUGAUCGCCUGCGCCACUGGAUUCGACGUCUCGUUGAAGCCCUCGUGGAGCAUGUUCGGACGGAACGGCGUCGAUCUCAACAAGGAGUGGUCGGUCGACCCGGAGUCCUACCUUUCAGUCGCUGCGCGCGACAUGCCUAACUACUUCAUAUUCCUCGGGCCCAACGCCGUCAUCGCCCACGGCUCACUGCUCGAAUCGAUCAACUGGACCGCCGAUUAUAUCCUAAAGUGGCUACGCAAGGUUGCCACCGAAAACAUCAAGUCGAUUACUCCAAAGGCUGCAGUCGUGGAUGAACUAAUCCAAUAUGGAGACGAAGUCCACAAGACCCUCAUUUGGUCUGAUAGUUGCACGAGUUGGUUCAAGCGAAAUGUGCCUGACGGUCGGAUCACCGCGGCAUUUGCAGGGAGUGCCUUGUUGUUCCGCAGACUGAUCAGCGAGAUACGUGCGGAGGAUUUCGACAUCGAAUACUGGACUGGCAAUCGCUGGUCAUUCAUGGGCACUGGCUUCACAGAGUACGAACUGAACCCAGAGAAUGAUCUAGCUUGGUACAUAGAACAUUAG